UAUAUUGAUGUCACAGAGGUACACCUACAGAUUGUGUAUGAACACCUUGGGGACCUCCUGUCUGUCCUCGUUACUCUGGAUGAGAUAGUGGAGAGCCACGAGACACUGAAAGAACACUGGACAUUGUACAAAAGGAUGUUGAAGUCAGUCCACCAUAACCCUACCAAGUUUGGGUUCACAGAUGACAAGCUGCGGCCUUUUGAGAAGCUGCUGAUGAGGCUGGAAGGACAACUGUUAGAUGGGAUGAUUUUCCAGAAUUGUGUGGAGCAGCAGUUUGAUGACAGAACUGUGCAGGUGUCCAAGAAUGGCAUGUUUGCUGAGGAGUUUGCCCUCAAUGUCAGAACCUACCUGAACCAAGUGGAACCUAGACUAGGUGAGACGUCAGAGACUGACCAGAGACUGAAGUUUGUGGGUGUCUGUGGGCUCUAUGUUCUCCACUUCCAGAUCUUCAGGGUCAUUGAUAAGAAAGUCUUCAAGCAAAUGUGGGAUGUCUAUAAAAAGGUCCCUGCAGUGUCUCUGGUAGGUAAUGUUGUGUGGUAUUCCAAUGAUUUCCUGACCCAGAAAUUACCCCACAUGGCCAGAGCUCUGGAUAGGAAGGUACAGCAAGCAGUACCGUCACAUAGACAGGCCUGGCUACAGCAGAAGUCACAGAACUUACAGAGAGAUGUGCAUGCAUUUGAUGUCCAGGUCAGUGCAUGGAUGGUACAGAUGGAGUCUUACCUGGAGAAAGCCAGCUCUUUAAUGGAGGACCUCAACCAGAGGAGUAGUCUCUUCAUUCAGGGAGUGUUAUACGCCCACAAUAUCAGCCACCUGGUGAGGACGGUGAUGAACCUUCAUGUGGCCCUUAGUAAACCUAUGACCAAGACCUCGGUACUCAGUCUGUGUAGACUGGUAGAGCUGCUCAAGGCCAUAGAGCACACGUUUCACAGGAAGAGUAUGCUGGUAGCUGAGUCCAUGAACCAUGUGAUACAACAUCUCACCUUCCAGGCUCUCAACCUCAUAGCUGUGGCCAAGAAAAAGAUGAUAUCAGACCGUAAAUACAGUGAGUCCAAGCUGGACAUUCUGUCUGCUCUGGUGUUGGGGGAGAAUGCUCUCAAUGGACCUGGCACAAAGGAGAGAAGAUUGAUCACUUACCUAGCUCUGGCUGUGGGAGCAAGGAUGAAAAGUUUCCGUGAUGAUGAGCUGGCCAGUCUGUAUUCCACGCUGAAGAAACUGGACGCCAUAUGUGACCUGAGAGAGAAAGUCCACCAGGCCUGUGACUGCAGUUUUUUCUAUUGGCACAGGGUGGUCUUCCCUAUAUAUCUGGAUGACCUGUUUGAGAAUCCCACUGAGGCCCACAGACUACAUUACAUGAUGGGUGCGUUAAGUGACAGUGUCCCCCUGAUGAAGCAGGCCAGACACCUGACCAGUGCACAGGUAUUGCUGGACGAGUUUGAUAAGGAGGUCCACAGGGAGCUCAAAGAUCACCUCCUGGGUCCCCUGUGUACUGAGAUAGAGACAGACCUCCGCCUCCACAUCCACUCCCAUCUUCAGCUGGACGACCGCAAUCCAUUCAAGGUCGGCAUGAAAGACCUGACGCCAUUUUUACAACUUCGACCAAUCAGAUUGUUUGACAAGAUGAUAAAUGUGAAAGCCCAUGUUGAACACUACCUAGACCGCACCUUCUACAACCUGACCACAGUGGCCCUCCAUGACUGGAAGACAUACGGCGAGAUGAAGAACCUGGCCACACAGAAAUACAAGCUGAGGAUGGUGGAGCCACACCUGCCUAGUCAAACUCUGGAACAGGGCUUGGAUGUCCUGGAAAUUAUGAGGAACAUCCAUGUUUUUGUCUCCAAAUUUCUCUACAACUUAAACAACCAGAUUUUCGUAGAGAGGUCCAGCAAUAAUAAACACCUGAACACCAUCAAUAUCCGCCAUAUUGCCAACUCCAUUCGUACCCACGGCACUGGCAUUAUGAACACCACUGUGAACUUUACAUAUCAGUUUCUCAGGAAGAAGUUUUUCAUCUUCUCCCAGUUUAUGUAUGAUGAACACAUCAAAUCCAGGCUGAUCAAAGACUGGAAGUUCUUCAGAGAAAAUCACCUGCAAACAGAUCAAAAGUAUCCAUUUGACAGAGCAGAGAAGUUCAACAAAGGUAUCCGCAAACUUGGUCUGACACCAGAGGGCAACACUUACCUGGACCAGUUUAGGCUACUAGUGGGACAGAUAGGUAAUGCGAUGGGUUACAUCCGUAUGAUCCGUUCUGGUGGACUCCAUUGCUGCAGCAACGCAAUCCGCUUUGUGCCAGAUUUAGAGGACAUUGUAAACUUUGAGGAGCUUUGCAAAGAGGAGGGUCUGUCUGCAGAAUGCCAGAGGGCAGCAGGGAAUUUGGACAAUGUCAUUGGAAAUAUGGCCAAGAAUUUUGCAGAAGGAACAGAAUACUUUAAGCUUCUGGUGGAUGUGUUUGCCCCAGAAUUACGAGAUCCCAAGAACAUGCAUCUUAAGAACUUGUUUGUUAUCCUUCCACCCUUGACCCUGAAUUUUGUAGAACACAGCAUCAGCAGCAAAGAAAAAAUGACCAAGAAGAACAAAGUUGGCGCCGCUUUCACUGAUGAUGGCUUUGCCAUGGGUGUUGCCUAUAUUCUGAAGUUGUUAGACCAGUACCAUGAGUUUGACUCUCUUCACUGGUUCCAGUCAGUCAGAGAGAAGUAUUCCAAGGAAAGGCAACAAGUUUUACAACAGCAGCAGUCCAAUGUUAGCCGUUCUGACGACAAACUUCAGCAGACGAUGACUCUCACAGUGAAGAGGCUGGAUACGUAUUUGAAGGAGUUUGACCUGCUCUAUUACUCCCUCAGCAGUGCCAGGAUCUUCUUCAGGGCUGACAAGACGGCUGCCGAGGAGAAAGAGGAAAGCAAAGAUAAGGAGAAACAAGGUGAUCAAGCCUCAGGAGAGGGAAGUGGUCAGGAACAACAACAACAGCAGCAACAGCCCUCAGAUGCAGCAGCACCACCGCCGCCACCAGUGGAGUCUUCAGGGGGUGCACCACCACCCCCACCCCCUCCGCCUCCUCCACCGCCACCGCCGCCUCCGCCAAUGUAGAUUGUCAGGUGACCAUGAGGACUGGACGUAUUAUUACAGGACAAAGUGCUCAUAUCCCUAAGUGCAUUGUUGCAAUAAGUUGAUAUAUCCUGGUUUGUGCUGAUGAAGAAUAAUAUAAAUAUAAAAAUAUGCUAGAAAAAUAUCAAAUUUUGAAAGAUGAAUUUAUUGACAGUUAAUGUGUUUACUGUCACAAAGGUGCCUAUGCUCUAAGAACAAGACAUUUAUAUCCAAGGUAUCACAUUGAUAGUU